AUGACGUUAGAAGGAGUACGAGGUUCGACCAAAAGCGGUGAUAUCGCAGUAGAUGACAUUUCACUGCUACCGGGUUCAUGUGAUAAAAGGGCUGUGGGAACUUCUACAGUUUCUUCAGUUAUUGCCAAAACGAAAGGUUCAGAUGAAGCUGCAGAAACUACUACAGUUGAAUCAGUUACUACAUCAAGAGAAGUAUCAAGUGCAAUAAGUGAUACCAGUGUUACAAGUGUUUCAACAACAGAUUUAGUUGUAGGCUUGGUUAUUGGUGGUUUAUUACUAGCUUGUGUUGUAAUUGUGAUUGUUGUUCUCAUUAGAAGGCAUACAUCCAAGAGCAGACCAAGAGAAAAAAAAGGAAACAAUCUCGGGGAAAAUGACUACAUUGGAAGUCAAGAUAUAGCUUUACCACUAACAGCUAAUCAUUCCAGCCAUAUGCAAAAUGAUGGCAAAUAUAGCAAUACUGCAUAUGCAGUGCGUCGGAACACAACAUUAUCAGACAAUCAAACUCUGAAUGACGAUAAAUAUUCGAUCGUGGAUCAGACAGCUGAAACAAGAUUUAAUGAGACUAGAGAAGACGGAACAGGAACUACAGACAGUUAUAUGGUAUUAGAUCCAUCUGCCACAGGUUUCAAUAGAACAAAAUUGUCUAACACUCCUUCAGAUUAUGAGUUUGCAAAGCCUGUUAUGAAUGCGGAAACGAAAAUUGGCGAUGAGGUUCAAUAUGCUUUAUCUGAGGAAGGAGUAUAUGACCAUUCAGGAAGUAAUCGUCACAAACAGUUAGAGGAUAACAUUUAUAACCAUGCCGUUGAUACAAUUUAUGACUCUGGAAGUCACAAAAAAAAUGACGAAGGGAGAGAAGAUACAUAUGAUCAUUUCUUUGGUAAAAAAACAGAAGAUGAUUAUGAAAUCACAACAAGGACAUAAACCCAUGCAAUAGAUAUGAUAUAUAUAUAUAUAUAUAUAGAUAUUUUGUACUUGGACCUCAACAUGCUUAAUUUCGGUUUGAUUUUAAAAAAAAUGUAUAUAUUCUAACACAGCAGGUGAUACUUUGUAAAUACAUAUUUGGUAGUAGUUGAAGAAAGUCAAACAUUUUUUAGUGUUCAGUUCAACAGAUGUGUUCACAUACGGGUUUUACAUUGCAAUAUGUAAGAUACAAUGAUUGUGUUUUUGGCAAUCAUAUUAAUGUAUCAUGGAACGUUUUUUAAAAAAAGGUCUUUUCGCGAAAAGGGAAACUAAUGCAUAUGCUAUUUAGUUACAUAGGAUACAGGAAAAUGCCAUUCGUUGGCACUUAUUUUCACUAUUCAUAGCUACAAAUGUACAUGUAAUCAGAAAAUACUUUCAAAACACAAGGUUCAUUUCCAACAUUAGAUAUAAAGUUAUAAGAUUUUAAUGUUAACAUUUUCCACAACAAUACAUGUCAUUAGACAGAACUGAUCCUUGCUCAUUGUUAUUAUCA